AAAAACAGGCGAGCCCGUACCCUCCGCAACGCGGACGGCAGGGACAUGGCAAGCGGGCAUCCAGCCCCGGGCGCUGCCGCCCACGGGCGCCCCGGAGCACCGCGACAGCGGCCGCGGUGACACCGCCCCCCGCCCCGGGGAUGGACGCGGAGAGCGCCGGCGGCCGCGACGGCGCUGCGGGAGCAGCAGGAGGAAGAGGAGGAGGAGGAGGACAGGGGGACUUGGUGUCCGCCCUCCCUCCCGAGGUGAGCUCCCGGAUUUUCGGCGGCCUGGAUGUGGAGAGCCUGUGCCGCGCGUCCGCGGCGUGCAAGGGCUGGCACCGCGCCAUCGAGGGCAACGAGCGGCUGUGGCGGCACCACUGCCUGGCCGUGCGGGCCGUCUGCCGGCGGGAGAUCGACUGCGACCGCGGGAGCGGCUACUCCUGGAAGAUCACAUUAUUGAGAAACUACUGGAAAAGCAAAGUGAAGCAAGAAUGGCUGAGUGGAAAAUACAGCAACAUUCCUUCACAACACAGCUUGCCAGAGAAAAGCAUGUAUCCCAUGGACGUCGAUACAUGGGGAGAAAUCUUGGAAGCAGAACUUGAAAGAUAAGAAACCAGUGCUGAUUCUUGCAACUCAAAAACCUUUUGCCAAUGACACACAAACUGGCCGUUGUCAAACUGAUUUUGAGUGAUUUUUAACUGAUUUUGAACCGAUGAUGAAAGUUUCUGGAAGUUACAGGAUGGAUGUGUCCUCUUCCCUUUAAAGACACCCCAGCAGCAUCCAUUGCUCCAGACAGCGGCACUCCCUACACCAGCUGGUUUGGGCUCAGCUCUUUCCAUUCCUGCCUGCCAACACCAGUCACUGAAAUGCCAGCGAUAGGAAGAUGGUACUAGCACUGAAAUUAGCACUCACACAUGGGUAUCCUUCCCUAGAGAGCAUCCUCACCCCACCUGCACCCCAGGGCACACACCAGCUGCCCUCACACCUCGGUGGCUGGUGAAACCUUUUUUCCGCUCCAGUGCCCACCUCUUACCCACAUGUUUUUGAGGAAGUGGAAAUUUCUACUUUAGCAAACCCCCACCGACCUUCCCACUGCAUUGGCACACCAUUUCUACCUUCCCACUCAGACACUGUCAGCUGCAGGAAGGUCCCCAAGGCAUCCAUUGCCCAGGCUUCCCAUCAGCCACCCGACCUUCCUGCUUCCCCAGCUUUCCUAGGACAGACAAGCCCUUUGGAGACAGCACAUGAGGCUUGUGUGGUGCAGAACAAAUAGCAAAUGUUCUCUUCCCACACACCCCAACUGUGCAACAUGUGCUUGAACAACCAGCCAGGCUUCUGUGGGGAAAAUAGGUUUCCCUGCUGCACAGAAUGUCCUGAGCUGCUGCACACAGCUGGGCAUCAAAAAGACCAGCUCUGAAGUUCAACAUAAGGUCAGUAUUUUAUUUCUGCACCUCCAAAACCACCUGUGGUGUUACAGCCUUCCUUGCAGCUACUCAAUAUUGCAGCGCUCUCUUUCUGAAACAAGGAGCCGACAGUGUGGCUUUAUUUCAUCAUGGUGCAGGAUGUGGCUUUGGGCCACUGCCAUUAAAAACUAAAUGAAAAAGCAAGCACGAGAUAUUUAAUCAACACAGACUUUUCUUCAUUAGACCACUCAAAUUUCAAGGGUAAUUUUGCCAGGUGUUUGUGCCAAUAGGCAGAUAGGUACAUCCCUGUCCUGGUCAUCUUUGGAAGGUUCCAAGUAGCAAAGUUAUCCCAACCCAAGACAGAACAGUUGGGCUCAGGAUUGGGAUCAGCUGCUUCAGCCCACCAGGGCUGACAGAAAGAUCAUCUUCAUUUUCCGGUCCUAGCAACUGUCUGGAUUGCUUUGAUCCACUCUGAACGCUCUGUGGAUGAGGCUGCUUGCAAGUAAUAGUGGAUUUCAUUUGCUGUGAUGAUUUCAAAGAGGAUGUUGUCAACAUCAUACUUCUUGGCUACAAGGAAGAAAUAAAGAAGUCAGCUCUGAGAGAAUCAAGUCUUGUACUUACAAUGUUUCCUCCUUUACACACUGUGAGGGGAUCUCCUUCCUUUCUGCAGUGAGCCUGACCAGGCCUUCACCAAGAUUGGGUCCAAGACUGCAAGACUGGGCCCAAGAAAUAGGUCUCUCUCUCUCUCAGAGAAACCACACAUGAAUCCUGCACAUUUGAAAUUCAGGAGUCUCUGGUUAGUUGUUCUCAAAUCAUGGAAGGAUCUGCAAUCCUGCAGACAAGUCACAUUCCCCUCCCACGAUCAAGCUCAGCUUACUUUGUCUAAAAGCCACUUAUCCUAACACAGGAAUGGAGUCUUCCUUUUGACCAGCCUUCCCCAAAGAACUGACAAAACACAAAAUUCUCUGUUGCUGCCUCUACCACAGUAUCCUACCCCAGUAAUUCAGACAGAAGAGAGACACCACUCAUUAGAAUUACCAAAUCGUUGUGCAUAUAUUGCUUUUGAAUAAAAAACACUUGUGCUUUCAGGCAGAUCAAAAGAAUGCACCAAAAACUUAUUACACAGCUCAUUUGCUGUGGUUCCUUACUGUCUGGCAUAUCUUCCACUGCUGUCACCACACAGCCUCUCAAGUGAAUUGCUCCCAGUGGUUCUUCUCCCUGGGGAGGACAUGAAAUCAAAAUGAAAUACAACACUUCUGAAACUGUUCAUAUGUUCAUAUCUGGUUACAGUUCCAGAACAGAAACAAAACCAUUUUAAUUAGUAUGUUGCCCGUGAGAACCAACAGGUUCUCAGUCUGUGUGUGACACAGAGGGUGAAGUGUGUGGUAGGGGGAGGACUUGCAAAUAAGUAGGGAAUAAUUUGGGGGAUUUAGAAUUCAGGAUCUGCAGAGUACUUAGCAUGGGAACAGGAAAGUCAGACACUCCUCACUGUUGAUUCUCCAGUGUGUCUAGGCUGCCUUUACCAAGGAGGACAGCACAGCAUAAAGCAUCUGUAACCCCCAGUAGCACUGUUGCUGCAGCAGUGCAGGAUGAGAUAAAACUUGUGGGCUGAAUCAACUCAAAUGACAGUUUUUGAGGGGCACUCUUUGCCCAUGGCACUGCUUCUUCCUUAGGGCAGGGUUUGGCAUGUUAGAAUUACUCAAGGAAUGGAAUGCCCUGUCUCAGCCUGACACAGCAUAUUUGCUCAAUAUUUGCUCAAAUAUAAACUGCAUGAUUAUUGUACUGAGGUCAUUUGCACUGAGUUUGUUUUGAUCAAGUGAGAGCACACAUUAAUUCUAAUUAAUUACAGAUAAGAGGUGAGAGUACAGUUCAGUAUUACUUGUCCCCAGGUCUGGGUGGCACUUGCUGCACUGACUUGGAAGCCCAGAAACCAUCCUUCACUCUGCUUUUUCAGAGGAUGGCAAGCCCAUAUGAGCACAGACAAAUCCCACUGUCCUCCCUGGUCUUCUCUGUCACACAUUCCCACAUAGAUACUCCAUUUGGAUAUUUCUACAAGGCACUGGCUUUAAAACAAACAGGGAGAUAAACCAAAUAUCUCUUACUCCAGCAGGAUCAUAGUAGUGAAGAUAUGCAGGAUCAUCUCUUAAAACAAACUUUCUCACUUUCCAGUUCUUCCUCCGAUGUCCCUAGGAAAAUUCCAAAAUAGGAAUGUCAUUAACUGCACUGCCUGCAUACAGAGCUUACCCAGACAUGAGAGAACAUGCAAAUACAAAAGAGAAAAAGCUGAAUAUUUUGGACAGGAAAGACUCACUGGACUAAGACUUGAACCUGGCUUUUCUACGUUCCAAUGUUUUGCACAACAGCUGGACUAUCACACUGUUGUCCUUUUUUUUUUUUUUUUUUUUUGGACAAAGCAGAAGAGCUUCAACAUGGGAGAUUCCCCUAAACACAUGAUACAAUCUGGUAGUUAUAACAUUCACAUGAGGUCUGUGAGAACUGGGUUUAAAUGCCUGCCAGAAAACACAGCUGCAAAGGGCCUUGCAGGAAGGUACCUCGAACUAUUGGCAAGAAUGAGCUGAAAGUCCUUCUCUCCCUGCAAAGAUAACAACAAAAACAUGCUUAUCUGGCUUAAGCACCCUGGAGGGCUCAUGGCUGAGAAGCUCAAUCAAGCAGAAAUAACACCACUGUCUACUGUGGACGUGGUGCCUCAUUGCCUGUUUUUAAGACUGAAAGGAUGGGUGUGGAAAGUCUAGAUCUGCUGAAACCAUUCUCAGCAGAAGCAGUGACCCACAACCCAUUGAGGGUGACCAAAUGCAGACUCACACCGGUGGAAGGUUGCCAUGAAUCACUUCCUCUUGGCAUUUCAAAAUACCAGUUUCUCCAUUACCUAGGAAGCUCUUGCUAACUAGAAAGAUGUGAAUGUGACAGGGUAAAAGAACAGCAAGUGCGGGUCUAAUUUCUUCCAUUGCUUUUUGAGUAAUCUGAUUGAGCAAGAGAAAUACAUAUGAGCAGCACCAAAAGGUCCAUAAGCCCUCAAGAACUAUUUUAACAGUGAAGGUUCAGAUUCAAUAUCAGGAGAUUUUUUUUUAGAGAGAGGGUGGUUCAACACCCUCAAAGAGUGCAAUAAGUCAGGUCAGUCCUGAAGUGGUCAGGCAGUUGGAGCAGAUGAUUGUUGUAGAGUCACUUCCACAUGAACCAUUCUAUUCAUUGAAGAAUCCUGGUUUUGCCUUCAGUUCACUAAUAUCUGCUUGCAAUGGCCUUGGAAAGUAAGACACUUCCCAUGACAUUCACUGAUUGCUUAAUGUUUUACUGGAAAGGAAGGUGUACAGUUAUCUUCUGUCUUACACAUCAAAUGUAAGUCAUGGAAAGGACUCCUUUGCUCAGGAAUGCUGAAAAAGCCUGUGAAAACUGGCAUCUGAAUCCAGCUGUGUGUCCAGAGGGGCACAGGAGUGGCAGCCUUUUUACCCACUGUACCAAUGAAUUAUCACUUCUCCUGCAUUAAAACUCUUUCCUAAUUAAAACUGUCAACUGUUUUAUUUCGUGCAAUAAACCUUGCAAUGCUGGGCAAGGCUGCUGCUGCCAUGCAAGUGUUCUUCGUGCAAAGGCAGGAGGGACAGAGAUGAAACUUGUCAAGUGUGGGGAUGACAUAGAGUAGUUCUUAAAGCUUCUAAGUGUAAAAGAGUAAUCUUGUACCCACAUAGCUUCAUCCUAGUGACAGGAUGGAACACAGGCAAUACUGACCUGUUUCAGCAAACAUCCUUGUUUGACAAUUGUGCCUCUGAAUUCCUCUUUCAGGACCACAUCGUCAUCACUGGAAUAUCCCUCACAGAAAAACCCACUGUCUGGCUGCAAAGCCACAAGAGAAAAUUCAGAAGUUACACAGCUGCUGCAUUCUUAUGAACAUGUACCAGUAUGGCUUCUCUUUGGCUUCCCUCCACCCUGUCUUUUGCCACUUAAAAAAACCCAAAAAACUAAAAAGUUUAAAAAACAAAAAAAUCAACCCUUUUACUGGAAAAACCUCCCAGUGAAGUUGAGGGGCUCUCCAAGUCACCAUGGCACCCUUUUGGUGUGAGGUAGGAGUACACUUCUAUGAUACCAGCUCAGACAUUGACCUGCUGGGACCUCCUCACACCGUCCUGGUAUUGAAUUGAACUAGAAACAACCUAAAAGCAAGCAGAGCACACAUGGACUGCCAGAAAAAAUGUUCCAGGAGGCCAAAAACUGUGAUGGCCACAAGGCUGCCUUCACCAGCAGUGUCUCUGCUUCCAUUGCUGCACAGGAAAAAGUCUCCCUACCACAGACAUAUUCUAGGAAAACAAUUGAAGUAAAGGAAGAGUCAUUUUGCUGAGGCCGAGUGAUUCUAUAUGGUAAAUAUAAACAGAAUUGUAGCAUCAAUUUACUUGGUUUUACUUGACAGAAGGCAUGCUUUUUUGUUAGCAUUAAGUCCAUAAGCCAAACAUCUUUAAAAUAGUAUUUGACUGUGACUGGGAUAUUGCAAGUUCUUCAAAUCAAUCCCCAGAGUACGAAGCAAUAAAUGGAAAAGGCUGGAUAUGAUAACAAGAAUAGGUGCUACUGGGGGUUAUUAAAAACUUCUAAUUCUUUGCUCAUAGGCAAACUGUGUGUGUGUGCACACUCACACUGAGUCAGAUUUGAUGGCUCUGCACAAAAAUGGGUUUGUAGCUUGUGUCACUCUGUGAAGCCCCAUGAUAAUGAAUUACUCUUCCCUUCCACUGAAUCAUGAGGGAAACCAAUGGUUAAGUUCUGGCCACCAGUGCAAUUACCAGGAACAGAGUCUAAGUUAAAAAGAACCCAGCUUGGUCUCAGCACUCAAUUCACACUUAGAAAGGUGCCAGAAAAAAAAAAAAAAAAAAAAUCCUAGUUACAACUAUUAAAGUGAGCCAGCUCAUUUUGAGCAUCACGAGAGAAACACAAUUAACAUGGAUCUCUCCAUUUCUGAGCAGUCUUUCCUCCAGGAUUUAAGAAGCUCAACAGAAAGCCCGAGAAAAGCAGAGAAAAGUCUGAGACAAUUAAAAAAAAAAAACAAAACAAAA